AUUUACGAGGAAUGAUGGAUGGACCACUCGCUGGCUUUAAACCCUGUAACGGCGACUAUCCAGUAACCCUUACUUUAAUGACUAUGUCUCCAGAUCCAAUCGUCCUAGGUCAAAAUAUUACCGUUCAUACGGUUGGUCAAACUACCGAAGUUAUUGAAGAAGGGGCAUUAAUGAGGAUUUAUCAUGAACCUAAUGGAAAACCCGAAUUUGAAUCUGAUUAUUGUAAAUUAUUUGUCGAGCCAAGCGGAUUCGUGUGCCCAGUUGAAAAGGGAAAUUUCGACUUUACUGCAACAUGGCUUAUUGAACAUAAACAUUCUGAACCAAAAACGAUGGAAGAUAUGGGCAAAAUGAUGCAUACGAAAAUCACCCUUUCGAAUCCAGAUGAGAAAGUUCUGUUAUGCAUUGAGGGAAUGCUUCAACAUCCAAUGAAAUAA